UCCUUACUGCCACCUGACCUGAAGCAGGAGAAACUGCCGACAGCUUGGAGACCAGCCCUGCCAUGUGCACCACUAGCGCCUGCAACCUGGAAGAGAUCCCCCUGGAUGAUGAUGACCCAGACAGCAUGGAAUUCAAAAUCCUGGACUUCUACGUCAAACACCACGCCUUCAAGAACACCUCUGCUGUCUUCUCACGAGAGCUCCCGAGAACAAGUACUUUGUCCCAGAAAGGACCAGAGAGUUGGCCGGCAAACAAACCAUGGACACAGGGGCCGUGGACUUGCAGAAAUUCCCCAUCCACCGAGAAGGCCAUAAACGUUGCCAAGAAAAAGUCAUCUUGGAGAACACUCUUUGGAGUAGCAGAGAAGGAGGAGGACCCUCAGAGCUCACCUCUGGAGAUCCGUUUUGAGCGGCAAAGUCCGGUGGGACCUCAGAGUGUUCCUCACGGUCCGCAGUGGCCGAGGUCCCUCUCCAAUGUGGAACAGCGCUUAGAGCGUGAAGCCGUGGACCCCAAAGUUGUUUCCAUUGCCAACCGAGUUGCUGAAAUCGUUUAUUCCUGGCCGCCGCCAGAAGAGACCCAGAGCCAGAGAGGAAGCUUCAAGUCCAGAACGAUUGUGACACGCCAGGGUCUCCAGCACCAGGGCUUCCAGCCUAGAGCUGCAGGUGGGAAGAGAGACGGAGAAGACCAGAUAAUAGCCAGAAUCGUUGAGCUGCUGAAAUAUUCGGGGUAUCAGUUGGAAAGAGAGUUGAAGAGAGACAAGGCUUUGAUGAACAGCUUCCAGGGCGGGCUGUCCUACUCUGUUUUCAAGACCAUCACAGACCAGUUCCUAAGGGGCGUGGACACCAGGGGAGAAUCAGAGGUCAAAGCUCAGGGCUUUAAGGCUGCUCUUGCAAUAGACGUCACGGCCAAGCUCACAGGCAUCGACAGCCAUCCCAUGAACAGGGUGCUGGGCUUUGGAACCAAGUACCUGAAGGAGAACUUCUCGCCCUGGGUCCAGCAGCACGGUGGCUGGGAAAAAGUACUUGGGACAUCACAUGAAGAAGUAGACUGAAACAUCAGAGGAUUUGUAAUCUGGAAUACUCACGGUCCAACUCUGGUCUUGUGUACAUCAGUCUUAGCACAGACUAUGGGAGAAAACAAAAAUGGACAAGGCAGAUGGACCAUCAAAAUCUGCAAAACCAUUAUUCCUGCACAUCAAGAGGCAUCAGGAGAGGCCUUGAAAUCUCUGGCUCAUAGAAUCUAGUAGCAU